CCAUCCUCUAGAUCCGCAUCUGUUAUACACCUGGACCUGAGUCUGACCAACUUAGGACUUUGAUACUCUCUACGCUGUAUUUUAUUUGAUCUUCCCUUUAAUCCAUUUCAAUUCCUUGACUUGUUUCAUACGAUGCUAAAGUUUCUCGGUACCGGAAGUCCAAAGUAAUAGAGACCGAUAACUUCAAAUUACUUUUAGCUUCGACAUGAAAUCUUUUUGACAUAACUCUGUCUUCAUACAUUUUACUUAAUAGCUUUUAAAGCUGACCAGCUUCAACAUAUGAUGUUUUUGAUGUUUUCCUUUUCAAUAUCUGCAUAGUCUAAGUUGCCAACUGAAAUUGGAGAGUGAUGACGCCUUUAGUGCACAUACUUUGGCUGGUUUAGUGCUUGUGCCUACUACAGGAUUUUCCCUCUUUCAUGUGUUCUUAAUGUAGAAACAAUGUCGUCUGAACCAUCAUUCUUUCAUUAUGCAGAUAAAAGUGGGAACUUUCCGCCACUGCCAUCAACAAGCACAGGUUUGUCUGGUGGCGCUAUAGUUGGGAUAUCUAUAGGGGCAAUACGAGCAGUCUUGCUGUUGGCUGGUUUGGUUUAUGUAGGAUGUUAUAGGAACAAAGCACACCUCCAUCAGUCUGGUCAUGGCCCAGCAAGCAGCACGACAGUUAAAGCUGCAGGUUCCGAUGGCUUGGCUGAUGGUAAUUCUCCAGGGCUUUCAGGCAUAUCUGUGGAUAAAUAUGUUGAGUUCACUUAUGAAGAGCUGGCUACUUCGACUAAUGACUUCAGCAUUGCUAACAAAAUUGGACAAGGUGGUUCUGGUGCUGUUUACUAUGCUGAGCUCAGAGGCAAGAAAGCGGCUAUCAAGAAAAUGGACAUGGAAGCUAUGAGGGAGUUUCUAGCUGAAUUGAAGGUCUUGACAAAUGUUCAUCACCUGAACCUGGUGCCCUUGAUAGGCUAUUGUGUUGAAGGUUCCCUCUUCCUUGUAUAUGAAUAUGUUGAGAAUGGCCACAUAGGCCAACAUCUACGUGGUACAGGAAGGGACCCAUUGCCAUGGUCUAAGAGGGUUCAAAUUGCUCUAGAUUCAGCUAGCGGUCUUGAGUACAUACAUGAACAUACUGUACCAGUUUACAUCCAUCGUGAUAUUAAAACAGUAAAUAUUCUGAUAGACAAAAACUUCCAUGCAAAGAUUUUGGUUUAACGAAACUGACUAAAGUUGGAAGCUCAUCUUUGCAAACACGACUUGUGGGUACAUUUGGAUACAUGCCUCUAGAGUAAGUGUUUUCCUAUUUUGAAUUGAAACCGUAAAGUAGUGACCGAAUUGUUACUUACCCUAUUUUUUUCUUUGAAGCAGAGCAUCCACUAUUAUUAUUCUGAAAGUUGUUCCAUAAUUAUGUAGUUGCAUCCUUCUUUUUAAGUGACUGGUGAUCAGUACACAGUCAGUUGGGAAAAGGGUUGUUCUAAUUAAAAACAAAGGUUUUUUCAACGUCUUGCUCAAAGCUUAAAUUGUUGCUUUCUAAUUGAAGUGUUUCUUAUGAGUGCCUCAUGUGACAGAUUUGCACAUUGCUUUUCUACAGGUAUGCGCAGUAUGGUGAUGUCUCUCCUAAAGUUGAUGUCUAUGCUUUUGGUGUUGUCCUAUAUGAACUAAUUUCGGCGAAGGAAGCGAUUGUCAAGCCAAAUGUUUGAAGAAGUACUUAGUCAGCCAGAUCCUGAUGAAUACCUUCCCAAACUAGUUGACCCAAGACUUGGAGACGACUAUCCCCUUGAUUCUGUCAGGAAGAUGGCACAGCUAGCCAAAGCUUGCACCCAUGAGAAUCCCCUAACAAGGCCAAGUAUGAGAUUAAUAGUGGUUGCGCUAAUGACACUCUCUUCGUCGACAGAAGAUUGAGAUGUUGGAUCUUUCUAUGGAAAUGAAGGUCAGAUAAAUCUUAUGUCUGGAAGGUAGCAAACCAAUAUCUUGCUUCCACGUGCAAUCAAUAUUUCAUUCUGAUCCUUGCUUGUGAGCGAGACCAAGAUCAUUCUGUUUAAGCAUUGGAUCAAUGUACUACUAGUGCAUUUUUUACUUGUAUAGUACUUGCUUGAAUAUAGUGUAAGAAAACAUAGAAAGAUGUAUUUGAUUUGUAACAUUUAGUGUAACUUUGUGAGUUAGAAAUGGAACAUUUCCUCACGGGCAAAUACCGGUUUUCUUUGUUGUCUGCUGCUAUGACGAGCAGUGUUGAUUAAUAUCAGAGUCGGAGUAACAUUUCCUCACGGGGAAAGACCUUGUUGUCUGCUGCUAUGACGAGCAGUGUUGAUUAAUAUGAGAGUCGUAGUCAAGAUUUUACU